GAAGAGUUGGGGGAUAGGGGGGCUCAAUAGCUAGUGCUAUAAAGUGUGUUGUCUACGGAGCGCCGUCAAAUGUUCCCAUUGUUAUACGAGGCAGGAUGUCCGGCCAGCGGUUUAUGGGCACGCGGAAGACCUAGGAGAUAUACCAACUAGGAUAUGUGCUAUAACGACUAGCAAAUGGAACCACCCGUGGACCUAGUGCUCUGCGUAUGUCACUUCUCAUUUGGGUCAGAAGCCAGGGAUCGUAGGGCUUAGCGCGGACCCACUUAAUCGCGCCGCCCCGCCCUGGGCUCGACGUCAUCCUGGCAACACAUCUACAACACCAAGAGCUCCAGUUGCACAUACUUCAGUGCCUCUUCGGCCCAGUAUACCUCCUCUUCUUCGCUUACGGUUCUCCUUAAUAUACGAUAAUGGACGGCCUGACAUCCAAAUUACCCUUUGGGCACUCCAAACCGCCCGCUCAUUCCGACGAAACGUCGCUCACCACCCUGCUCUCGGCAGACCAAUGCGCCGAUCUUACGUUCUUAAUCGCUACUAUAACAGCUACCAUGCGGAAGUCGCUGCUCGACACAUUCACCGCCGAAGAAACAUCUCCAGAUUCGAAACCGGUCAAGUCAGAAGAAGCAGCCUUAGCAGCCGCACCUUCCAAUCUAGAGCAGGUCGAUAUCGAGAAGGAAGACAAGCAAAGGAAAGAGAAUGAGAAGAGGGAAGAAGAUGCGAGAAAAGAGCUAGCAAAGCCAGAGGUUCAAGACCUGAAGAAGGAGAUGUUGAAGUACUUCGAUGAAUGGAGAGGAAGAGUGAUAAUCCGGGUGGGCGAGGUCGUGAACUCAAGGGAAGAGGCCAAAGAGCAGACGAAGCAGGUGAAGGACAAGGAUGUGGAAAGAGAGCUGAAGAGGUCGGAUACAGGCUUGAAGAGCAUUACGGCCAUUGAUGAAGAAGGUGAAGAUGAGGAUAAAGUCUUCAAGGGUUUGUACCCGCCUGUGGAGACUUCGUUGACGCAGCUGGAGGAAGACAAGAGGACGUUGGUGCUGCACUCAUUAGUACUCAUCCUCCUUUCUUUGGAAAACUACUCGGCACAUUCGCGCAUCCUGCUUCUCCAUCUCGCUAGCUCGCUCAGGUUGAAGCUCGCCGUCCUGAAGAAAGACGAGGAGGCUGUUGCCCGAGGACUGCUAGAAGCGGCUGCUCAACAGCUCAACGCCGACGCCGAAACCAAGAAAGCAGCCGAGGCUUCAAGUACAGCUCGGAAAUGGAAAGUCGGUCUUGCAAGCGUAGCAGGCGCUGCUCUGAUCGGAGUAACAGGCGGACUCGCCGCCCCGCUCCUCGCAGCCGGUGUAGGAACGGUCAUGGGUGGGCUGGGGCUCGGAGCUACGGCCGCUGCAGGCUAUCUCGGCACUCUGGCUUCCUCAUCCGUCCUCGUGGGCGGAUUGUUCGGCGCAUACGGUGCGCGAAUGACUGGCAAGGCGAUGGACGAUUAUGCAAAGGAAGUCGAAGACUUCGGUUUUAUCCCCGUCCACCAUCACCACAAACCGCGCAAGCUAGAGAAGGAGUUCCGACGUCUACGCGUCGCAAUUGCAAUAUCCGGAUGGCUGAACAGCAAGGAAGAUGUCGUCGUUCCAUGGCGCUACAUCGAGCCCGGCAUUGAAGGAUUCGCACUACGAUGGGAACUCGAGGCCCUACUUAAGCUUGGCAACUCUAUGGAAUCCUUCGUCAAGAGCGCGACGUGGUCCUAUGCAAAGGGCCAAAUUAUCAAACGAACCGUGUUCGGCGCUCUAAUGCCAGGCAUGUGGCCGUUGGGCUUACUCAAGAUAUCCUCCAUCCUCGAUAAUCCAUUUUCGGUGGCUAAGUACCGCGCCGACAAAGCAGGAGAGGUGCUCGCCGACGCCCUCAUUAACAAAGUGCAGGGCGAGCGUCCCGUAACGCUAAUCGGGUACUCACUCGGAGCCCGCCUCAUCUUCGCUUGUCUGCAGAAGCUCGCAGAGAGGAAGGCAUUUGGUCUUGUAGAGAGUGUGGUACUAUUAGGCUCACCAUGUCCGUCCGAUGCCGAAGAUUGGCGACUGAUCCGCUCUGUCGUAAGCGGCAGAGUGGUCAACGUCUUCUCGACAAAUGACUACAUACUCGCCUUCCUCUACCGCACCUCCUCCGUGCAACUCGGCGUGGCAGGUCUGCAACCCGUCCUCGGCAUCCGCGGCAUCCAAAACGUCGACGUUUCCGAAGUAGUCUCCGGACAUCUCCGCUACCGCUACCUCACGGGCUCCAUCCUCAAGAAAAUCGGCUUCGAAGACAUCGAUAUCGCCGCCGUCGAGCAGGAAGAGAGCGAAAUGAAAGCCGUGGAGGAGAUGGAGGAGAAAGAACGGGAGAAGAAUGAGGGGAAGAAGAAGAGCGAAGAUGAAGAGAAGGAGGAACUGGAGAAGGAGGUCGAGAAGAAAAAUCGGGAGAGCAUUAUGAGUUGGAUGAAAGAGAAGAUGAAAGUGGGGAGCAUGUGGGGGAGUGGGAAGGAGGAGAAGAGCGAAGCAGAGAAGAUGUCGGAGUUGGAGAAGGCGCAGAAGAAAGAGCAGAAGGCAGCGAAGAAGUAGCUAUUCUCAUAUGCAUGGAUGCCGGGGAUUGGUCUGGCGUUGCUGAUACAUCUUGUAGACGUGGGUAUAUGGAUGGUUGGGUAUAUGGAUAAAAGGGGUUACAGUUAUGCAAACUUCACACAUCGUCCGCCUUCAUUUGCACAA